AUGCGGUGCACCAGUGCGAAAAAGAAUGGUGCUGGGUUGCAUUGCCUCGUACGAGUCGUAGCAUUAAGCUCGUCAGGCACCGAGGGUGGCUACUGGGAGGCUGAGAGUUUGAAAUGCUCAAGCGCUUUUGUGUGUCACACAUGGCCCAGUGGCACUUUCCCCGUAAAUGAUGUUCAAUGGGAUGAAAAGUAUGUUGCAAAUUCACUCGUCUUCCCUUGUCGUCGAUCCAGAUUGACUUUCUAUGCUCAGUGGCAGCUGUCAGUCUCACUUGGCUCUUGCAUCAUACCCAUUGCCUCUGCUCCCAGUCUCGCUCUUUAUUUCCUCUUCAUUCCUGGCUCUCUAGCCACUGCACGCCCAGCGACGCUCGGGCUAGAGAUCAACACAACUCACAUGGGUGCCACCGUAGAAUGCGACGCGAGACCUGGCAAGCUAACUGAACCCCGGACCGGCGACGUUCGCUUCGGAAGCGCCUAUUUCUCGAUUCCUCCCUCCCCCUUCGACUUCGGCAAAAGACUUGCCGUAGCCCUGGCUAAAUUGCAUUGGUUCUCUAGCCUACCAAGAACAGCAGCCACAAAAGGUCAGGGUCUGUCAGGGAUCUGUGCCAUCCUUGGGCACGCAGUCCAUCCCAUUUGGGUAAUCCCAGAUUUCGAGAUCGCAUCGAUCAAACAGCCUCAUCAGGGGUUCCUGAGACGACUCCAAAACCUUAUGGGUCUCGACCCGGUCCAACCAAACAACAACACUGAAGAACUUGCCUUUUCGGGCUUGUCAGCCCUUUUGACCGAGCAAUACGUGCCGCUUGGUUCCCAACGUAGUCAAGACGCUUCACUUGCCAGCUUUCGGUUCGAGGCCCGCCAAGCCGAGGCAGGGCGAAAUUCUCUUUUUUCAGCUUCUAUUCAAGCCGUCUUGGCUGGAACGGAUCACAGAAAUGGCGUACCACGACCCAACGAUACAUCCUCAGCCAGAGUUGAAGUCAACCUAGCACAAAUUUCUCGACGCUCCAAGACGCGGCUGGCGACAGACGGCCAGAUCUCGGAGGCUUUCGUCCAUGCACACGACAUCUGGCCUCGGCGAAGGGUCGGGAACCGUAUUCAGAAGGUCUCCCUCGUCUUUGACUCAGCCUGCUAUCGACCUCCCCAGCCCCGAGGCUCGCCGGACUUCCGAACAGAGCUGAUUCAUUCAGAUCCGUCUCAUGUCUCAUUUCCUGCUCGUCUGAAGUCUAGAUUCCUUCCGUCGAGCCGAAGCCCCAUCUCACGGCAUUACGUGCUCGCUUUCUCGGCGCAUUGUGCUCCCACCCACUUACAUUUCGGCCUGAUUCUCAUCCGAUCUUUGGGAAUGGGAAGAUCAAAGUUCGGUAUGUCGGAUUUCGUGCCACUUCCUCCAAGGCGACAUGAAGCCAUGCUUCACUUUCUUUCAAUUCAGUCCCGAGAUUCUUUCAUCGACCGAUUGCACUCAACUCCUUUCUCCCGUGUCAUGAUUCUUGUGUUAUUUAGUCGCCGGGACCACCUCUGCUGCUCAAUAUUCAAGAUCUUCUCUGUCAGCUCAUUUGAUUUCAGCUGCUGA